AUGAGCAAGGAUGGGGAAGCAGUAGCUGUCAAGAGCAAGGAUGGGGUGACUGUGAAAGAAAUAGCAAUCAAGAGCAAGGAUGGGGAAGCAGUAGCUCUCAAGAGCAAGGAUGGGGUGACUGUGAAAGAAAUAACAAUCUUCAAGAGCAAGGAUGUGGGGUCAGAGGGUAAUGGGUCAUAG